AUGGAUAGCGGAAAGCUUAUGGAAAAUGAAUGGAGCUUGGGAAUGUUUAAAUGGGAGGACUUGGUUAUGGUGGCCUCGGGGAUGACGUUGAAAAGACGAAUGACAUCUGAGAAGAACAUGACCACAACCUGGAACGUUUUCGUCAUGAAUUUGGACAAUAUUAAUGUUAAUAAUUGGUUAUCCAGUGUCGCUAUAUAUCAUUUUGUUUGCUAUUUGUAG